AUAUAUAAAUGAUGAUGACUUGUACUAAUGAGUGUGGUGGUGAAGGAGGAAGAGUAGGUCUAGUAGUAAUACUGGAGGAAGGCAUGGGCCAUCACUGCUGCAGCAAACAGAAAGUCAAGAGGGGCUUAUGGUCUCCUGAAGAAGAUGAGAAGCUCGUUAAACACAUAACUGCCCACGGCCAUGGCUGUUGGAGUUCUGUUCCGAAACUUGCAGGGCUACAAAGGUGUGGGAAGAGUUGUAGAUUAAGGUGGAUUAAUUACUUGAGGCCAGAUCUUAAAAGGGGUUCUUUUACUGAACAAGAAGAGAGGACAAUUAUUGAUGUUCAUAGGAUUUUAGGCAACAGAUGGGCACAGAUAGCCAAACAUUUGCCUGGAAGAACUGAUAAUGAGGUCAAGAACUUCUGGAAUUCUGUGAUCAAGAAGAAGCUCAUUGCUCAAGGAUUAGACCCCAAUACUCAUAAUCUCCUGUCUCCUCAUCAAACCAAAGCCAAGAACAAUGGUAAUACUAUAAGCAAACUCAACUCUCAUCAUGACCAAUCAGGUUCAGUUUUCACCAUGGAUACUUCACCAGGAAACAAAGAAAUCAUCGAUGCAAAAUCGACGUUGUCUCUCCCGAGCUCAUACAUUAAUCAUCCGCAUUAAACGGAGCAUCAACAUAGCAACAUUUGAGUUCCAAAACCCUAGUAAUCUUGCAUGGACUGACCAUGGAACUCACAGUUCUCAUCAGCAAUCUAUGAUGGAGUUUUCUAGCUGUUCUUCUAUGGAAAGCACUCCAAUUUCAACUUCUUCUUUACCUUCAUCAGGGUUUGGGAUUUUAGCUGAGAAUUGCAUGUGGGGUAAUGGUUUUGAGCCAUGCUUCGAUC